GAUAAAGAGAGAGAGAGAGAGAGAGAGAGAGAGAGAGAGAGAGAGAGAGAGAGAGAGAGAGAGAGAGCGCGUAAUGUGGGGCGCUGGACCUGCCGGUGUGCAGGAGGUGCGCGCGAGAUGCUGACCGGAAAGUGCACAGCUGUUCCGCCGCAAACGGCGAAGAGUCAGCCGGACGGUGUAUCGGCGUCUAACGUCAACACGACCGCGGCGCGGUCCGCACCGUGACGGAGGCUCGCACCGACCCGCCGGCGUCCGUCCCGCGGGGCCGGCCGGGCGCGCGGACUCUUCGCCGACCGGCACGUCGCGGUUCGCCCUUCGGGGAGCGCCGAUCCGCCGCGUCGAGCGAGGAGGCCCACGCGCGGACCGCUGCUCGGAAACCGUGAGAUCACCUUCGCGCUUCACCUUGGAAACCGCCUCCUGAUUUCAAAACAGGAAAAAAAAGAAAAGCGCCUGAAUGGUUGAUGGAUCGCAUGCAGCAGAAACCAAUCGGCACCGACCGCCGUGGACUCACAGUCCGUCCGACUUCGCCUCCACAGCUCGUGGUCCAGGAACCUCCUCUCAUCCGCCCCUUAGAGGAGCCCCAAAAACAUUUAGGAUCGGGCACCAUGCAGGCUGCAGCUGCACCCGUAAAAGUGACGGACCAAAUGCUGCCGACGCAGCCAAAGUCCGGAACCACCCCGGCAACACUGGUAAGCAUAAGCCGGCCAAGACCGACAGCUCUCGGAACUAAACCUGCUCCGAAGUCGACGAGAAUCUCAGCGGACCCCUCGAAGGAAAUAGACUUAAUCCCAGUUUGUAUCCCAGGACCUCAGAGUGCCAACGUCCUGUCACAUUCCCUGACAGACUCCGCCCUCUGCCGCCGCAGUCCACAGAGUCCCCGAAGCCCUCAGUCUUACACCAGCCGGCCUUACCUGAGCCCUAACCCGGGCCUGCCCCUCCCCAAUCCCAGCCUCAGUCCUCAGCCUCAGAGGAGCCCCCCACCGGGGAGCUCCACCAAGGGCCCAGUGCAGUCCGAGAAGCCCGGCGCAGACAACGACGACUUCAGGGUGUACAUCGUCACGUGGAACGUGGGCUCAGCUGUGCCUCCCGAUGACAUCACUUCUCUGUUCGGACCAAAUGUUUCAGAUGGGAGUGUUGACAUGUUUGUCAUCGGACUCCAGGAAGUCAACUCCAUGAUAAACAAGCGACUGAAGGACGUCAUUUUCUCAGACCAGUGGAGUGAGCUUUGCAUGGACAGGCUGAGUCCUUUCGGUUAUGUUUUGGUGGCGUCCCAGCGUAUGCAGGGAGUGCUGCUCCUGGUUUUCUCUAAAUUCUGCCAUCUUCCAUUCCUCAGAGGUGUGCAGACCGAGAGCACGCGCACGGGACUCGGGGGAUAUUGGGGGAACAAAGGCGGCGUCAGUGCCAGGAUGACAGUGUUUGGCCACCCAGUGUGCUUUCUCAACUGUCACCUGCCCGCUCACAUGAGGAACCUGGAACAGCGGAUGGAGGACUUUGAAAGCAUCUUGCAGCAGCAGCAGUUUGAAGGGGGCACUGCCACUGGAGUGCUGGACCACGAUGUCGUUUUUUGGUUCGGGGAUUUAAAUUUCCGCAUCGAAGACUACGACAUCCAUGUGGUGAAAUGUGCCAUCGACAGCAAUAAACUGCCCCUGCUGUUGGAGCGAGAUCAGCUCAACAUGGCAAAAAACACAGAGUCCAUUCUUGAGGGCUUCAUUGAGGGACCACUGAAAUUCCCACCCACCUAUAAGUUUGAUGUGGGCACUCAUACUUACGACACUAGUGCAAAGAAGAGGAAACCAGCCUGGACAGACCGCAUCCUCUGGCGCCCUCGUCGUACCGGCUCCCCCGUUCCUACCCACAAUGCAGCGCUGCAGAGGGGUCUGACCUCGUGGUUGGGUGGGUCAACCAAAGUGACACAGCAUGUGUACCGAAGUCACAUGGGCUUCACCAUCAGCGACCACAAGCCGGUUUCUGCCGUGUUCUCACUGCACUUCCCAUUCAGGGUGGAUAUGCCUCUGGUGGAGCUGCAGGUAAACAAGGAAUGGUGUAAGAUCUCCGACGCCACAGUCAGAUUCACUGUUGCGUUGACUUAUCAGCGCAGCUCAUGGGACUGGGUAGCAAUAUACAAGGUUGGAUUCAGACAUCACAAAGAUUACCAGGCGUACAUAUGGGCCAAGGGGGAACAUGCAACACAGGUGACAUUUUCGGAGGAGGAUUUGCCAAGAGAUGACUGUGAAUACAUGCUGGGUUACUACAGUAAUAAUAUGAACAGCAUUGUUGGACUGUCGACGCCGAUUCAGAUCAACCUUCCGGCCCGCAGCCCCACCGCGCACCGUUCCAACAGCUCCGACGCCAGCUCAGAAGACGACAGCACUCUGGUUCUGCUUGCUCCAAACUCCCGCAGCCCGAGCCCAAAAAUUGGAAAACACAACCAUCGCCAUCGCCGCAGCCGCAGCCCGGCUGUUUCUGCCAUUUCCAACAACCCCCUCCCUUCCCUGCAGAACCUCAGCCUCUGCCCUCGCUCCAAAGAAAGCCAGACUCGCAGCCGCUCGCCUUGCCCUGCCGCCAGGAAGGAGCGACUGGUCUCGCCCGACACCGGGCUGUCCCCCGCCAUCAGCCCGCUCAGUCCCCGCAGCCCCGGGUCCCCGGGGGGCGGAGUGACCGCACCGGAGGCCCUCGUCGCUGCCAUUUUAGGUGAACAUAGACCAGCUCAGAUUAGCCCCACAGGGGCCAAACUGAUAGGCAAGACAGGGGAAACGGACACUGCAUAGCGUAUAAACGACAAUAGCAUACAGGGGGGGUGGGACGGUACAAGGAGAACAGCGGCAAUAUCUACGCAUCAAGGGUGGGAUCCCACGACGUCACCGUGCUCGUAGAAGCAGGACAUUCCGUGGUGUAGUUUGUAAACAUUCCACAUCGUAGCCACGCAGUUCCAUCUCUGAAUCGACCAUCAUGGCACACGCCAUGUGAACCUUGGAGUCAAAGACACGUCCAGACUACCAACGUCAAGUGCUUUUAUAGACUCAUAAGCUAUAUCAUAUGUAAACAAACCUAUUGUGAAUGUGAAACCAAAGUCAGAGUAAACUUGUGACAGAUGUGACCAGUGAUUGAUGACAGCAUUAUCGUUCCAUGUAGAAAGUCUCAUAUUAAUAUAAGGACUCUGGACCAGAAAGUGUCAUAUUUACAUCAGCGAGGGUGUGUGUGUGUGUGUGUGUGUGUGUGGGUUUGUGUAGGCCUUUGUGUAGGCCUAAUGUGUUAAAACAAAUGCAUUUAGCAUCAGAUGAUGGUUUAAACUUCUAACUCUGUAGUUCUUGGUCUGUAUUCCUGAAAUAAGCCUAAUGUAUCAAAGAACUGAAGCAGAGCAUUUCACCUCAGUCGAUCUGAAACAUACACCUGUUCGAUGCUCUUGUUCUUAGCAGCUAGAGAUCAGUGAGUGGAUCUUAAGGCUAAUGUGUUAGUUUUGCCUCACAAAAGAUAACAGUCAUGUGUUUGUGUGAGUGUGCGAAUAAAACAAAUUAAAAAAAACAGAUUUCAA